UUACUCUAUUUUAUUUUUUUCUCAAAAUGUCGAAAAAAAAGGAUGUAGGAUACACUGAGAUGAAAGAGAAAUUUAAAGAAUUUUUAAUUACAUUUACAUCUACUAAUGAGGAAGGUCACACUAUAUUCAAAUAUGCAGAUCAGUUGACAAAAAUAGCUCACAGAGAACAAGUAUCACUGUACAUAGAGUUAGAUGAUAUUUUUGAAUUUGACAAUAGUGUCAUCGAGCCUAUACUUCAAAACAGCCGGAGGUACAACAAUAUCUUUUCUGACUUAGUUUAUGAACUUCUCCCGAAUUACAAACAGCACGAUAUAGUUGGGAAAGAUACACUUGAUGUUUACAUAGAGCACAGAAUUUUGAUUGACAGCAGGAAUAGGCAGUCAGGUGAAGUUAGAGAAUCCAACAAUGCUCAUCCUCCCGAGCUUAUGCGUAGAUUUGAAGUAUAUUUCAAGAAUCUAUCCACCGUAAAACCUAUUCCAAUCAGAGAAGUCAAGGCAAACUUCAUAGGAAAAUUAGUUACAAUACAAGGAAUAGUUACACGAGCCACUGAAGUGAAGCCAUUAAUUUCAGUUGCUACUUAUACAUGUGAUCAUUGUGGAGCUGAAUCAUAUCAGCAAGUCAACUCAAUGAAUUUUAUGCCAGUAAUUUUAUGUCCAAGUGACAUUUGCAGAUUAAAUAAAUCAGGUGGUCGACUUUACCUUCAGACAAGGGGUUCCAAGUUUAUGAAGUUUCAAGAAUUACGUAUUCAAGAGCAUAGCGAUCAGGUACCAGUAGGUAAUGUUCCUAGAUCAAUAACAGUAUUUUGCCGUGGGGAAACAACUAGAAAGUGUGUGCCUGGUGACCAUGUUGAAGUUACAGGAAUAUUCCUUCCUCUUUUAAGAUCUGGCUGGAGGCAAAUUUAUCAAGGUCUUAUAUCUGAAACAUUUUUAGAAGCUCAUAAAGUUGUAAGCUUAAACAGUGUGGAAGAUACUUUAGGAGAAGGUGAAUUAACAGAGAAAGAAGUUAAAGAACUUGCUGGAGAUGACUUUUAUCAAAAGUUGUCCGUUAGUAUUGCUCCUGAAAUUUAUGGACAUGAAGAUGUGAAAAAGGCUCUGCUAUUACUUUUAGUUGGCGGAGUAGACAAAAGUCCUGAUGGGAUGAAAAUCCGAGGGAAUAUUAAUUUGUGUUUAAUGGGUGAUCCAGGAGUGGCAAAAUCUCAAAUGCUUUCAUUCAUUGAACGUUUAGCUAGACGUGCACAAUAUACCACUGGUCGUGGUUCUUCAGGUGUUGGUCUCACUGCUGCCGUUAUGAAAGAUCCUUUGACUGGAGAGAUGGUUCUUGAAGGUGGGGCUCUUGUAUUAGCUGAUUUGGGAAUUUGCUGUAUAGAUGAAUUUGACAAAAUGGCUGAUCAUGACCGUACUGCAAUCCAUGAAGUAAUGGAACAGCAGACAAUUUCAAUUGCAAAGGCUGGCAUUAUGACCAGAUUAAAUGCUAGAGUUAGCAUUUUGGCUGCAGCAAAUCCUGCCUAUGGGCGAUAUGAUGCAAAAAGAUCUGUGGAACAAAAUAUUCAACUACCUGCUGCAUUAUUGUCUCGUUUUGAUCUCUUAUGGCUUAUUCAAGAUAAAGCUGACAGAGAUAAUGAUUUGAGGCUUGCACAACAUAUUACUUAUGUUCAUCGACACAGUUGUCAACCACCUACUGAUACUCAGCCAUUAGAUAUGUCACUUAUGAGGAGAUAUAUUGACCUUUGCAAAAGAAAAAAUCCAGUCAUUCCAGUUUCAUUAACUGAUACAAUUGUUGAGGCAUAUGUCAACAUGAGAAAGGAAGCUCGAAAUAGUCGUGAUAUGACUUUUACCUCUGCAAGAAAUCUUCUAGCUAUUUUAAGGCUUUGCACUGCUCUUGCAAGACUACGAUUAGCUGAUACAGUCGAAGCAGAAGAUGUUUCUGAAGCAAUGAGAUUACUUGAAAUGAGUAAAUCAUCACUUGCAACAACUGAUGAAAGAUCAACCAGGCCUCAGUCUGCUGUAGAUAGAAUUUUCAAUAUCAUUCGUGAAUUAGCGGGAGGUAAUAAGACAGUAAAAUUGUCAGAAGUUAGAGAAGCAUGUGCUACCAAGGGAUUUCAAGUCGGCCAGGUCGAUGACUGCCUUGAUGAAUAUGAACAGCUUAAUGUCUGGCAAGUUAAUCAAGCAAGAACUACCAUCACUUUUGUAUAGUUACAUAUUUUUUGUAUAUGAUUCGUAAUUCUCUAACAAUCUGAAAUUCCAAAACAUGUGAUUUUUAUAAUUGACUAACUUAUAGAUGUUUAAACUUAUUUAAUUUUAUGUUUU